AAACCUCAAUGGAGCUCAAUGAGGAGGACCCAUUAGACGUCCCUGUCAACAAGAGAGACGGGCUCAAUACUCAACAAAGUGUCAGUGACUACGUAGAGGCCAAAUCCAGCACUAAUGAAAUCGAGGAUGUUGAAGUGAGAAUAACCAGAAUGUCCCAGGAGAUGGCGGAGGACUUUAAUAGUCACGCCAUUAUACAGAGCUUAGGCUCUAAAUGUAUGCUGCCUGAAAGCCGUCCUAAGAUUCAACAAUAUAGGAAUUCUAGAUGUGGAGCAACAGAACAAGGGAAGGUUUCCGGAAGUGGAAACAACAGAUCACUCAAGAAAAGGGGCAGGAAAAUCCCCAAAGACUCCCCGAUCUGGCAACUUCAAUCGAUGCAAUUCUAAAGGCUCUCUCAAAUGACAAUGUGCCGGAUAUUAUGUUUUCUUUUCAUGUUUUGUCUAAAUUUUUGAA